AUGAAAAUUGAUGGAUUUUCAGCUGGUUGUAUGCCGAUGGAUUCAAUACUUCAAUCGACUCUUCAAUGUUUUUAUAAUCAGACAUGUUUGAAUACACUUCUCUCAUUUUUAUCCACGAAUGAAAGUUUUAUAGCUAUGAAUAUCUCUAAGUAUAGUCGUUUCAAACCAAAUUCUACUGUACAAGAAAUAGUCAAUGAACUAAUGGUUGAAGAAUGGCUAACAAAUAUAUCAUAUGAAAAAUAUUAUGCUCAAUGUGCACCUGUUCAAUGUACUUACUCAAAAUUAGAAAAACAAGAUUUGAUAAAUGUAUUAACAAAUAUCAUUAGUUUACAUGGUGGACUAACAUUAACUCUGAGAUUUAUUAUUACACGUAUUGUUCGAUUUAUACGUCGGAAAAAAGAUAAUGAAUCAAGUUCGCAAAUAUCUUGUAUGUAUUAUACAGUUUAG